AUGGCGGUCCUCUCCCCGCCGCUCAAGCGACUCAAGCUCUCCUCCGUGGAACCUCCUUCAUCCAACAACAUGACCGCCGACCUUGCCGAACAGCUCGAUGCAGCAGAACGAUCCAAAUACAUCAAAGGUCGCAAGCUUGGAGAAGGACAAUACGCCGAUGUCUUCUCUGCCCACCUCGCAACCGAUCCCACCAAAAUCUUCGCCAUCAAAAAGAUCAAAGUCGGCGCAGAUCUGGACGAGUUCGGCAUAUCCUACGACUCCCUGCGUGAAAUCCGCUUCCUCCAAGAGCUCCGCCAUCCCAACAUCAUUCGCCUCUACUCCGUCUUCAGCACCAAAAAUCAGAACCUCAAUCUGGUGUUGGAGGUGUUGCCACAAGGAGAUUUGUUGAAGUUGAUUCAAGACACGAGCAUCAAUUACACCCCUGCUGACAUCAAGUCUUGGAUGCUGAUGCUUUCACGAGCCAUACGAUUCUGUCAUGCGAAUUGGGUGUUGCAUCGAGAUAUCAAGCCCAACAACUUGUUGAUUGCGGCAGAUGGAGCGAUCAAGUUGGCCGAUUUUGGUCUAGCAAGGAGUUUUGCGGAUCCCUACAGUCCGAUGACUUUCAACACCAUUACGUUGUGGUACCGCCCACCGGAGCUGUUCUUUCAGGCGCAGUUCUACGGAGGUGCGGUGGAUGUUUGGAGUUGUGGUGCCGUGUUUGCCGAGUUGAUCAGUCGGGAGGUGUUGUUCAGGGCAUGGCCGGAGAGCGAGAUGGGAAUGGUCAAGUUGAUUUGUGAGAAAGUGGGCACGCCUACAGAGGCUGUAUGGCCGGGAGUGAGUAAGUUGAAGGGAUACCUCACUCCGGAGGAAGUUAUCCCGGUCAGAUCAAAGGACUACUGGCUCGGUCAUUUCAGAGCGAUUGGAGACGUUGGCGUUGAUCUUUUGAUGGGUAUGUUGAGACUUGACCCGAAGAAGAGGCUGGACGCGGAGGGUGUGUUGAGGCAUCCGUUCUGGACGAGUGAGCCGAGGCCGAGUAAGUUGGAGGAGUUGCCAAGAAAGGGAGGUGGUGUGGAGGUCAUGGGUGAGGAUCUGAAGAGGAAGGGUGGUGAGGUGCCAGUGGAGGACAGCAAGCGGGGUGAUAAGGUGGCCAGGAAGAUCAACUUUGGCUAA